GCGUUUCCCCAGUGCACGACAGCACGACGAAUUGACCCAGCCGUGCCGUACCGUCCGCACCCACCCCACAUCCACCCCACCUGCUCGGCGCGCUUCACUCCGCCAGCCCUGGUCGCCGCGGCAUCCCCUGCCCACCACAGUCGCCAUGGCCGCCGCUCUCGCCCCUGCGCUGCGCCUUCCGCUGCCCUUUCCCUCCCGCGCGGCGCUCUUCCGGGAAUCGGCGCCUGGCUCGCUGCGACCACAACCGGCAGCGCGCGCACCGCCGCGCCAGUCGGCUGGGUCAGCGGCGCGGAAGGCGGGGCGAGGGCGCGCGGUGAUGGCGGCGAGUGGGGCGGGCGGGGCAGGCGGGGCGGCGGAGAGGGAGUGGGCGAACCCGAUAGGGCUGCACGCGAUGGUGUGGGUGGGCGGGUGGAGCAAGCACGAGAGCGAACGCGCUAUACGCCAAUCCGCCGCCAUCGGAUACGACCUGAUUGAGGUGCCCGUGCUGGACCCGACGACGGUGGACGUGCAGCACACGCGGCACGUGCUGCGGGAGCACGGGCUCGCGGCGUCCACGUCGCUGGGGCUCUCGCUGGACCGCGACAUCUCCAGCGCCGACCCUGAUGUCGCUGCCAGGGGGGAGGAGCUGCUCAUGGCAGCGCUGGCAGUGGCGGCGGGCAUCGGCGCGUCGCACCUCACGGGCGUCACCUUCAGCGCCAUCGCCAAGUACCCCACGCCCUUCCCUGGCGGCAAGGCGCGCGACAACAUGGUCGGCGCUCUCCGACGCGUGGCGGCGCGGGCGGCGGAUAGCGGCGUGACGCUGGGGCUGGAGGUGGUGAACCGAUACGAGAGCAAUGUGCUCAACACGGCCGAGCAGGCGGUGCGGCUGGUGGAUGAGAUCGGGCACGGCAACGUGGUGAUCCACCUGGACUCGUACCACAUGAACAUCGAAGAGGGCAGCCUGGCAGAUGCUGUCGCCACGUGCGGCACGCGCCUGGGCUACGUGCACAUUGGAGAGUCGCACCGCGGCUACCUGGGCUCAGGCACGGUGGACUUCCCGCAGCUGUUCCGGGCCUUGGCGCGCGCACAGUACAGCGGGCCCAUCACGUUUGAGUCGUUUUCCUCCGAGGUCGUCAGUCCCACCCUCUCCAACACCCUCGCCGUGUGGCGCAACCUGUGGGACGACUCAGACCAUCUGGCCCGCCAUGCGCACACCUUCAUCACCUCGCAGUGGGCCGUUGCCCGCCGCGCCUCCCACCCGCCCUCCGUUUGACUAAAGGGCUUUUGCCUCCCACCCUCGCACCGCCUCGUCGCCCUCCCUGCACUUGACAUCCCGGGUUCGUCCCAUCUGCUUCACCAUUCUACAGAUUGGCAUGAAGUCAGUCUCAAGCAUGACCCGCACAGUACAGCACAGCGCAAAACGGUACUGCACAGUGCAGUGCAGUUCAGUAUAGUACGGUACAGUAUGGUCUGGUGCGUGACAGUGCAGUGCAGUCACUGCAGUGAGGUGCAUAUAGAUGCAGGGGUGUGCGACCGCAUCGUUCCACAAGGCCCUCUGGAAGCUCUUUUUCCCCGGUGUUGGUUGUGCGGUACAUGCAAGUAUGUGCACUACUGCAGUGAUUUGAACAUGGAUCGCUGAACAGAGGUGGUAUUGGGCUCUACAAGCUAUCAUGGUGCCAACUAAGCAUGG